GGGGCGGGGACUAGGGCUGGGCUGGGUUGGGCGGGGCAGGGAGUUCGUAGCCGCCUCUGGGUAACUCGACUCGGGCGGCCAAACCUCCAGAGGCCGGGGACGGCAGGCGGGCCCGCAGCGGAUCCUGGAUCCGGAAUCUCUCGGGCAGGAGCGGAAUCUGUCCCGAACCGGGUCUCUGAGGAACUCGCAAACUUGGAUUAGGAAAUCCUGGAGCCUGGAUCGACAAACCCCGGCACCCGGAAUUAAGAUCGCCAAGUCCCGGAUCGCGGAGCACAGAGCGCGGAGCGGACUCGACGCGGAGCCCGGAUUCCGGAUCGCGGCACCGCGGGACGGGACGGAGCGAUGUCGGGCCGAGGCGCGGGCGGGUUCCCGCUGCCCCCGCUGAGUCCUGGCGGCGGCGCGGUGGCCGCGGCCCUGGGAGCGCCGCCUCCUUCCGCGGGACCCGGCAUGCUGCCCGGACCGGCGCUUCGGGGACCAGGGCCGGCUGGAGGCGUGGGGGGCCCCGGGGCCGCCGCCUUCCGUCCCAUGGGCCCCGUGGGCCCCGCGGCGCAGUACCAGCGACCUGGCAUGUCACCAGGGAACCGGAUGCCCAUGGCUGGGUUGCAGGUGGGACCCCCUGCUGGCUCCCCAUUUGGUGCAGCAGCUCCAAUUCGACCUGGCAUGCCACCUACCAUGAUGGAUCCAUUCCGAAAACGCCUGCUUGUGCCCCAGGUGCAACCCCCCAUGCCUGCCCAGCGCCGGGGGUUAAAGAGGAGGAAGAUGGCAGAUAAGGUUCUACCUCAGCGAAUCCGGGAGCUUGUCCCAGAGUCGCAGGCCUACAUGGAUCUCUUGGCUUUUGAGAGGAAGCUGGACCAGACUAUUGCUCGCAAACGAAUGGAGAUCCAGGAGGCCAUCAAAAAGCCUCUGACGCAAAAGCGAAAGCUUCGGAUCUACAUUUCCAACACAUUCAGUCCCAGCAAGGCAGAAGGCGACAGUGCAGGAACUGCAGGGACCCCCGGGGGAACCCCAGCAGGGGACAAGGUGGCUUCCUGGGAACUCCGAGUGGAAGGAAAACUUCUGGAUGAUCCUGGCAAACAGAAGAGGAAGUUUUCUUCAUUCUUUAAGAGCUUGGUCAUUGAGCUGGACAAGGAGCUGUAUGGGCCUGACAAUCACCUGGUGGAGUGGCACCGGAUGCCCACCACCCAGGAGACAGAUGGCUUCCAGGUAAAACGGCCUGGAGACCUCAAUGUCAAGUGCACCCUCCUGCUCAUGCUGGAUCAUCAGCCUCCCCAGUACAAAUUGGACCCCCGAUUGGCGAGGCUGCUGGGAGUGCACACGCAGACAAGGGCUGCCAUCAUGCAGGCCCUGUGGCUUUACAUCAAGCAUAACCAGUUGCAGGAUGGGCACGAGCGGGAGUACAUCAACUGCAACCGCUAUUUCCGCCAGAUCUUCAGUUGUGGCCGACUCCGUUUCUCUGAGAUUCCCAUGAAGCUGGCGGGGUUGCUGCAGCACCCGGACCCCAUUGUCAUCAACCAUGUCAUUAGUGUGGACCCUAACGACCAGAAGAAGACAGCCUGUUAUGACAUUGAUGUGGAGGUGGAUGACCCGCUGAAGGCCCAGAUGAGCAAUUUUCUGGCCUCUACCACCAAUCAGCAGGAGAUCGCCUCCCUUGAUGUCAAGAUCCAUGAGACCAUUGAGUCCAUCAACCAGCUGAAGACCCAGAGGGAUUUCAUGCUCAGCUUUAGCACUGACCCCCAGGACUUCAUCCAGGAAUGGCUCCGUUCCCAGCGCCGAGACCUCAAGAUCAUCACUGAUGUGAUUGGAAAUCCUGAGGAGGAGAGACGAGCUGCUUUCUAUCACCAGCCCUGGGCCCAGGAAGCAGUAGGCAGGCACAUCUUUGCCAAGGUGCAGCAGCGAAGGCAGGAACUGGAACAGGUGCUAGGAAUUCGCCUGACCUAACUGCUCAGGGAUCUCUUCCUUUCUUCCCAGCCCUGGAGGGAGACCAUCCUCUGGGACCUUGCUGGGUCCUCAGACAUGUAGAUUAGGGUGAGGAGUGUCUGCUGUCACCCUCUACUCUGCAGCUUUAGUUUUAUAAAUGUAGUGAUAGGAUUCCUUGUUGCUUGGUCCCCAAAGCCUUAUUCUUUUUGCAUUGGCUUUAAUUGGGUUCAGCAGAUGCCUCCUCUGCCCCCUGCAGGCAGGCACAAGUAAGACUGCUGGAGGCUGUGCUUUGUAACAAUUUUGGAACCAAAGGCUGCUGGGUUUGCAUGUUUACAGACAACCCCCUGGGGUGAGGGUCAGAGCUGGCUCUGGGGAGCUGGGCCAGGAAGAGGAGGUGCAGCCCAGACUCUUCCUAGCCUUUCUAAACCAAAGUUCUUUGCCAUUCCUACAAGCCCAGCCUUGCUGCUGGUUUUUUCCUUUCCUUUGGGUAUUUGCACUAUUUUGGGAGCAAGUUUUCUAUGUGGGAGCCACUUUUUUUGUACAGGGGAAAGUUGGGGGUUUUCAGGGAGCCCUGUUUGGUGCCUCCUUGUUUUCUUUCCUCAAUCUAUGCAAGCGGCUCUGGCCGCUAUCAUCUCCUGGGAUGCCAGAGGGCUGCCUCUCCAGUGGUGUGGGCCGUGGAGGGGAUACUCCAGUUCUCUAGCAUGGCCUGAGGUAUAGGUGUGUGCAUGGGGAGGCUGGGAGGAUUGAUGUUACCCUUUGGAGUUUGGUGAGGAGGACGGGCCUAGGGGCUUGGUGAGUGCCACUUCUGGCAGGUUUGGAAAUUUCCAAAUAAAUCCUUUUGUCUAUUGA